AUGGCUGGUGUUUCUAGCAGAACUCGUAGCAAGAAUGUUCCGUUGUUUGGUUCUCUUUUACUUGGUGGUUCAUCAAAACGGAGAAAGAGUGAUGAAGAAGAUAAGGGGUUGGACUAUGUUUCUCGUUCUAAAAAAAGGAAGAUGAACGAAGAACCUUUUGUUGUUCCUGCAGAUGCUGAGGUAGUUUCCAUCGAUGAUGAUGAAUAUGAAGAUGUUGGUCAAGAAGGUUCAGAGCAUAGUGAUGACAAGAUGUCUAAAGAUGGAAAGUUUGUUGAUGAAAAUUGUGAGAGGGAACAAGAUAACCCGGUUUCGAUAAGUUCAGAUGAGUAUGGUGAAAGUGAUGAAGAACACUUUGUUGAUUCUGAUGCUGAUAAUGAAGAAGAAGAGGAAGAAGAAGAAAAAAAAGAAGAUGAUGCUGUUAAAGAGGGAGUAAAAAGUGAUGAAAGUGGGGGAAUUGGUAGGUUUUCUGAUAAAGGUGAAAAGGUUAUAAUUGAUUUGGAUGAUUCUGAAGAGAGUGAGGAGGAGGAUGAUUCUGAUGAGAGUGAAGAAAAUGACUCUAGUGAUGAAGAUUUUGCAGAGGAGGAGGAGGUGGUGGAGAAGGAGAAAAAAGAGGGUUACAGAAAAGACUUCAAUGUGGUGGAGGAAUUAGUAAGAAAGGUGAAGAGUCAAAAAAGGGGAAUUUCUGAGGGUAAUGAUGAGGAAGUAAAUGUUGAGAAUUGUUCAUCUUCUGAUAAUGAUGAUGAGGAGAUGGUGAGAGAGGGGAAGGAUAAAAAGAGUGGAAUUUCUGAGAGGAAUAAUGAGAAAGUAAAUGUUGAGAAUAGUCCAUCUUAUGAUAAUGAUGAAGAAAUGGUGAGAGAGGUGAAGCGUAAAAAAAGUGGAAUUUUUAAGAGGAAAUACGAGAAGGUAGAGAAUGAGAAUGUUCCAUCUUCCACAAAUAUUGAUGAGUUGGAGCAUGCAGAUCAUGCUAGUGUUUCCUCCUGUAUCAUUGAGAAGAAGGGUAGUUCUUCUUCUAAACUGAAUGGAGUAUCAGAGACACUGAAACCAAUGAGUGUGGAUGUUGGAGUGAAUGCCAAGUCAAAAGCCAAAUCCAAAGAAAAUGUUGGUGAUUCUGAUCGAGGAAAAGAUCAAUUUGUUAAAGGCUUAGAUGUUGGAGGAGUUUCUUCAGUUCAUAGAAAGCAAGAAAAGAUGAAUGAAUCAGAUAAACAGAAAACAAUGGAGAACAAAAGAAGGGAUUAUAAAGGUAGAGCUAACAUCUGUAAUGGUGAGAAGAAGGAAUCUAUUGAUACCAAUGGUUUGAAUCAAAGCGUCAAAAGCACACAUUUUACGCGGAAGGAGUUGCGUUCACUCGAACUCCUUGUUAAAUGCUAUUGGGAAAGAAAGAAUACCAUUAACAAUGAUUCAAUUGUGUUAGAGGAUAACGACGAUGGUGUUGGUCAGCAAGAUACAUGGCCACCACCAGUCUCUGUGGAGACACCUCGUGAACGGAUAUGGAGCCUUAAAAAGGUGGAAAAAGUAGAAAAGACCAAGGAGGAAGAGGAGGAGGAAGUGUUAUGGGAUGAAUUUGAUACAGCCCGUAGAGAAUCUGACGCUGAAUCCAUGAUUGGAAAUUUAGGAGAAAACGGAGGUCCAUCGUUCCGCUGUGAACAUGAUAGUUUUCUCGAUGAAGAGAUUGGUCUAUUUUGCAAAUUGUGUCAUGAGGUUGUUACUGAGAUCAAAUAUAUCUCACCACCUGUGAUUGAUAGAUUUCCCGGUGAAGGUUCAGGAAAAAAAGCAUCAUUUGAUGGAGUAAAUGUUUCACAUGUUGAUGGAUCUCAGUUAAAUGUUUCUGAUAAUGAUUCGGAGACUAAUUUCUCUCGCAAUGAAGGCACAGUUUGGGACCUAAUUCCUGGUGUGAAACAAAAAUUAUAUCCUCAUCAACAAGAAGGCUUUGAAUUCAUUUGGAAAAACAUGGCAGGACACACUGAGCUUCAAAAGUUAAAGAAUGCCGAUCCUUCCAGCGAAGGUGGCUGUAUUAUUUCUCAUGCUCCUGGAACCGGAAAGACAAGGCUGACCAUAGUGUUUCUCAAGGCAUAUUUGAAAGCCUUUCCCAAAUGCUUGCCGAUUAUUGUUGCUCCUGCUAGUAUACUACUAACUUGGGAGGAUGAAUUCAAGAAAUUGGACAUCGGAGUUCCAUUUCACAAUUUAAACAAUCCCGAGUUAUCUGGUAAAGAGCAUCCUGAUGCGGUUGAAACAUUUGAUAUGUCUAAUGCACGGCAUAAUAUUCAUGAAACGCGGAUGGCAAAACUGAUUUCGUGGUUCAAAGAACCAAGCAUUCUUGGAAUCAGCUAUAAUUUGUUUGGGAAAAAAUGCCAAGAUAAGAGAAAGCAUGAAAAUGUGAAUGAGAGAGAAGGAAACUGUGAUAUGCGAAAGGUUCUACUUAAUUCUCCUGGGUUGUUAGUUCUAGACGAAGGACACACACCAAGAAAUCAAAGAAGUCAUAUUUGGAAGGUGUUUUUGAAGCUUCAAACACAGAAGCGUAUUAUCCUUUCCGGAACUCCAUUCCAGAACAAUUUCUGGGAGCUUUACAGCACCUUAAGCUUAGUGAAGCCUUCUUUUCCUAACACAAUACCGCCUGAGCUAAAAAGUUUUUGCCAAAAUCAGGGACUUAAAUCAUCUAAAAAAUGGAAUUGGGAACCAGCGUUGCUCAACAAAACAAGAGACCCUUCUGAUGAUCAGAUCAAGAAGUUUAAAUUGCUAAUGGAUCCCUUUGUUCAUGUGCACAAAGGCGCAAUCCUUGAAAAUAAGCUUCCUGGGUUAAGGGACAGUUUGGUGACUUUGAAGGCUGGUAGUUUGCAGAAUGAAAUUCUGAAGAGCAUUAAACGUUCUCAGAACACAAUAUUUAACUUUGAACGUAAGGUAGCGUUGACAUCUGUCCAUCCAUCGCUUUUCCUUGAAUGUGCUCUUUCAGAAGAAGAAAAAUCUGCUCUCGACAAGGAUCAGCUGGAAAAGCUUAGACUGAACCCACAUGAAGGUGUCAAAACAAAAUUUUUGUUCGAGUUUGUUCGGCUAUGUGAUGCUUUUCACGAGAAAGUUCUUGUGUUCAGCCAAUUCCAUGCUCCUUUACAAUUAAUAAAAGACCAAUUAAACUCAGCUUUUAAAUGGUCUGAGGGAAAGGAAGUGCUGGUCAUGUCUGGCGAGGAUCCUCCAAAGGUCAAGCAAUCCGUAAUCCAUAGCUUCAACGUUGAAAAUUGCCAAGCAAAAGUUUUACUUGCAUCUACAAAAGCUUGUUCUGAGGGAAUUAGCUUAGUUGGAGCUUCAAGGGUUGUACUUCUGGAUGUUGUAUGGAAUCCUUCGGUCGAAAGACAAGCUAUCAGCCGAGCGUAUAGGAUUGGUCAGAAGAGAGUAGUAUACACAUACCAUCUGCUCGCUGAAGGGACUACUGAGGAAGAAAAAUAUGGUAAACAGGCCGAAAAAGACCGGUUAUCUGAGCUUGUUUUUUCAGCAAAAAAUGCUGCCAAUAAUGGUGAUAAGUCCAAGAGCUCUGCUGUGAACUUCGAAGAUAGAGUUCUUGAUGAGAUGACUAAACACGAAAAGCUCAAAGGCAUAUUUGUUAAGUGCGUAGUACUGAGGAAGGAGCGAGAUGUGGUCUGA